AUGCCACCACAAAACUCCCGCUCGCUCUGUCUUUACCGUCACGCACUCCGAUACCUACGUUCACCUAAUCUACCAUUUCCAUAUCUAUCAUCAAAAUUAUGCUACAACACUCGUGAACUAUUUGAAAUAUAUCGGUAUGAACAAGAUCAAAGGAAAGUCAAUAAUUUGAUCGAAUGGGGUUGGCAAGACUUGGAAUUUUUGAAAUCUUGGAAACACGUGGAAAAAGAUUUAUUGAAUAAAAUAUUCAGAGGAUUCGGUAACAGUGCAAGUUUAAACAUUACUACGGAAGUCAAAGAAUCAUCGAGCGACGAUAAAAAUUAA